AUGCCCUCUGUCACUCGGCCCAUGCUGGAGCCCUACCGCAGAUACUUGGCUUCCUCCGCCCUGAGCGCGGCCCUCCCCACCCUCACCAUGGCCAAGGGUCUACUCUCCAAGUCCCUAGGCGUCCUGGGCAUCCUUCUGGGCGUAGCGGCUCUGUGUACCAUCAUCGCUCUGUCUGUGGUGUAUGCACAGGAGAAGAACAGGAAUGUUGAGACCUUCACUGUAGCCACCGAAGUCCCCGAAAUCCCCGAAGUCCCCGUGCUCUCCACUGCCAUCCUGGCCACCACUGUGAACCAAAGCAUACCGUGGAACCAGUACCGCCUGCCCAAGUCUCUGAUGCCUGACUCCUACCAGGUAAAGCUGAGGCCCUACUUCACCCCCAAUGACAAGGGCCUGUACAUCUUCGAGGGCACGAGCACCGUCCGCUUCACCUGCAAGGAGGCCACCAACGUCAUCAUCAUCCACAGCAAAAAGCUCAACUACACCAGGACACAGGGGCACAUGGUGGUCCUGCGGGGUGUGAAUGGCUCCGAGACCCCUGCCAUUGACAGGACCGAGCUGGUGGAACCUACCGAGUACCUGGUGGUACACCUCAGGGACUACCUGCUGGAGGGCAGCCAGUACGAGAUGGACACUGUGUUUCAGGGGGAGCUGGCCGAUGAUCUGGCAGGCUUCUACCGCAGCGAAUACAUGGAUGGGAAUGUCCAAAAAGUAAUGGUGGCCACGACGCAGAUGCAGGCAGCAGAUGCCCGGAAAUCCUUCCCAUGCUUUGAUGAACCAGCCAUGAAGGCCACGUUUAGCAUCACACUCAUCCACCCCAAGAACCUUGUGGCUCUGUCUAACAUGCUUCCCAAAGGUCCCAGCGUCCCAUUGGAUGGAGACCCCGAGUGGCUUAUUACUGAGUUCCACCCGACACCCAGGAUGUCCACAUACCUGUUGGCCUACAUCGUCAGUGAGUUCAAGAGUGUGGAGACACGGUCGCCCAAUAAUGUCUUGAUCCGGAUCUGGGCUCGACCCAAUGCCAUCGAAGAAGGCCACGGUGAAUAUGCCCUGCAUGUGACAGGCCCCAUCCUAAACUUCUUUGCUGAGCAUUAUGACACACCCUACCCACUUGAAAAAUCCGACCAGAUAGGCCUGCCCGACUUCAACGCCGGGGCCAUGGAGAACUGGGGGCUGGUGACCUACCGGGAGAACUCCCUGCUAUACGACCCUCUGUUCUCCUCCAGCGGCAACAAGGAGCGGGUGGUCACCGUGAUUGCUCAUGAACUGGCCCACCAGUGGUUUGGGAACCUGGUGACUGUGGAGUGGUGGAAUGACCUGUGGCUGAACGAGGGCUUCGCCUCCUAUGUGGAGUACCUGGGUGCUGACUAUGCAGAGCCCACCUGGAAUCUGAAAGACCUCAUAGUGCUGAAUGAUGUGUACCGUGUGAUGGCUGUGGAUGCCCUGGCCUCGUCCCACCCGCUGUCUACCCCUGCCGAGGAGAUCAACACACCGUCCCAGAUCAGUGAGCUGUUUGAUGCCAUCUCCUACAGCAAGGGUGCCUCGGUCCUCAGGAUGCUCUCCAAACUUCUGACAGAGAACCUAUUCAAGAAGGGCCUGGCGUCCUACCUCCACACCUUCGAGUACCAGAACACUGUCUACCAGGACCUGUGGCGGCACCUACAGAUGGCGGUGGACAGUCAGACAGAAAUCAUUCUCCCUGACCUUGUGAGCACUAUCAUGGACCGCUGGAUCCUGCAGAUGGGCUUUCCAGUCAUCACCGUGGAUACCAGCACAGGGGAAAUCUACCAGGAGCACUUCCUCCUUGACCCUGAGUCCAAUGUCACCCGUCCCUCACAGUUCAACUACCUGUGGAUUGUGCCCAUCUCUUCUCUCAAACAUAACAUGGAGCAGGGCACAUACUGGCUGCAGAGUGUCCCAAAAGCCCAGGACCAGCGGUUCAAAACAGCAGGUGUUGAGUGGGUCCUGCUGAACCUCAACGUGACCGGCUAUUACCUGGUGAACUAUGACGAAAACAACUGGAGGAAGAUUCAGAAUCAACUGCAGACAAAUCAUGCGGCCAUCCCUGUCAUCAAUCGGGCCCAGGUAAUCCACGACGCCUUCAACUUGGCCAGUGCCAGAAGGGUCCCUGUCACUCUAGCGCUGGACAACACUCUCUUCCUGAUCCACGAGACGGAAUACAUGCCCUGGGAGGCCGCCCUGAGCAGCCUGAACUACUUCAAACUCAUGUUUGACCGCUCUGAAGUCUACGGUCCCAUGAAGAACUACCUAAAGAAGCAAGUGCAGCCCCUCUUCGCUUACUUCAAAAAUAUCACCAACAACUGGAAAGAUCGGCCACCAACCCUGAUGGAUCAAUACAACGAGGUUAAUGCCAUCGCCACUGCCUGCUCCAAUGGGAUCCAGGAAUGUGAGACGCUGGCCACCUCGCUUUUCAAGGAAUGGAUGGCAAACCCCAGCAAUAACCCGAUCCACCCCAACCUGCGGUCCACCAUCUAUUGCAAUGCUAUCUCCGAGGGUGGUGAGGAGGAGUGGGAUUUUGCCUGGCAGCAGUUUCUAAAGGCCACCCUGGUAAAUGAGGCUGACAAACUGCGAGCAGCUCUGGCCUGCACCAACGAGGUGUGGCUCCUGAACAGAUAUCUGAGCUACACCCUGAACCCUGACUACAUCCGCAAGCAGGAUGCUGUCUCCACCAUCUCGAGCAUCACCAGCAAUGUCAUCGGGCAGACCCUGGUCUGGGACUUUGUCCGGAGCAACUGGAAAAAGCUCUUUGAGGAUUACGGUGGUGGCUCCUUCUCCUUCUCCAACCUCAUCCAGGUGGUGACGCGGCGGUUCUCCACUGAGUAUGAGCUGCGCCAGCUGGAGCAGUUCAAGAUGGAGAACAUGGAGACAGGCUUUGGCUCGGGCACCCGGGCUCUGGAGCAAGCCCUGGAGAAGACGAAAGCCAAUAUCAAGUGGGUGGCGGAAAACAAGGAAGCAGUGCUCAAGUGGUUCACCGAAAACAGCCAGUGAUUGUUCUGGUCCUUAAGCCACCUGGCCCCCUUGGGAGGUGCCUGUGACUCUCUGUCCCACCAGUCUGUGGCAGGGCCUCCAUUCUCAGAGCCUGAGACACCAGUGUCCUCCCCUCAAUGAUGAAGUCUCUGACCCAUGGGCCUCUAGUUUCUAAUGGCCAGGCUGUCGAGCACCUCCCAGCCCCUGCCCCUUGUGCCAAUCCUGCCCCAGGCCUGGCAUGAUGCCUGUCACCCAGGGCCCUGGGGCUGAUCUCAGGGAAACCCAGCUCUAGAGCCAGAUGAGCACAAGCCCUUGAUGGACAAUGGACGGUUUUGAGGGAGCCGCCCUGAACAUUCUCUCACCUUCCCCAUAAUACCCCAAAUCUGAGGAAUCAACAGGGCACCAGAUCUGUAUAUUUUUUUCUAAGCAAAAAUGUAAAUAAAGGAUUUCUAGAUGAA